UCGACACCCAUAGAAAAGGAAGAACCCGAAGAAGAAAACACCGAAGCACGAGCAAUUCAGACCGAACCACAAGCAGGGUUAUUGGAAGUAGUAAAAAUGGCGGAGAACGACACCAUGGAAACAUUCUCUAAGGAUAUUUGCGUCCGGGAUGAAAAGAACCCCGUUUGCCAUUUCUGCUAUCAGCCAGGCACCAUCGAACCGUUGAUUACGCCAUGUCACUGCAAAGGCUCUAUUCGCGUCACCCACAAGAGCUGCCUUCAGAAGUACCUCAAAGACCGGAACACGGACCACUGCAAAAGAUGCCACUAUGUGUUCCACAUUAAAAGAAGGCCAAAGCCACUGUGCGAGUUCUUCACCGAGGCCAGCAAUCGUGUGGACAUAAUGCGUAUGGUGGUGAGCCUUGUGACCUGUCUGGGAGACGCCAUGGUGCUGACCUUUGCGUGGCGCUACGCUUCGUUUAAUUUCUUCAACCGGGGAACCCUCCUUCUCUUGCUGGUGCUUGCCGUCUUGCUGUCACAGAGCCUAUUUUGGAUAGUGGUUGCCUUCAUCAGAGCUUGGACCUGCUACGAGCCAAUCUUGAAGUGGCGAAUGCGAACGGCUUCGAUUGAACUACUAACGGUAGAGCCUGAGGAUGAUGCGCCUUUGGAGCGAGUCCCAAAUCAGCCUUCCUUGCCACCCCAUGUAAAAGAAGGUGCGACGCGCCAUCACACUGUCGAUGGGACUCCUCCAGAUACCAUUCUGGGGGCAUCAGGGUCGAAUAACACCGUUUCUACACAUCCCGAGACUAAUGGAUUCUCAAUGCAGGCCAGGAGAGCCUCGUUGGACGCAAAAAUGGGAUCCUGUCCAGAAGGAACUCUAAAGUCUCCAAAGCUCAAAUCCAUCACUGCGUGCACAAAUAACACCGACUCCGACCUACGUCCCAAAGUCAGGCGCUGCACCAGCAAUAUGCUAUAGCGCCAGAUAGUAUACACAUGUACAACGGAUUGAACAUUUCAGAACCUUGGCUUCUACCGAGGGAAUUUCGAACUACGUAUACAAUAACAGGUGUAUCUCCUGUA